AUGAAAGGGAAAAAAUUUCUUCUUAAUUUUGCGGUGAAUAUAAAGAAGAGGUUUUUCUUUACUAAUCAUGAUAGAGCCCAGGUGAAUAAAUGCAUAUAUGAAUAUUUUUAUUUUGAAGAAAAAAUUUUCAACAUUAUUGAUCACCCAGAUAUAAAACAAUUACUUCAUGUAGAUUAUAAGAAAAAUAAAAAGUAUGACACAGUUAAGAAAGAUAAUAUUAAUAGUAGUAAUAAUAAUGUAAGUAGGGAUAGUAUAUGUGAUAAUGAUAUCAAUGAAGAUACAGAUAUGUUAUUAAAAAAUAAAAAAGAUGAAUUUAAUUUUAAUUUGGAAAAUGAAAACAAUGAAAUAAAAGAUAUUAUAUGUGAUAAAAAAUUUGAUGAUUAUUUAAAAAAUGUGAUAAAUAAUCAUAUUUGUAAUUAUAUAAAUAGUAGUAGUAAAUAUUUUACACACCUAUGUAUAUAUUAUAUAUAUAAUAAUGAGAAAUCUAGAUUUGUAAAGCUUUUACAAAAUUUUAAUAAUUAUUGUUUUAGUUAUGAAGAUUUAUUUAUUUUAUUCUAUUUAAUAUGUAGAAUUAAUUAUAAAGAUACACAAAUAAUCCAUAAUAUGCUUCAUGUUUUUGAAAUUUAUUAUUAUAAGCUGGACAAUUUUUUUUCAUAUAAAAUUUCCAAUAUAUUUUUUUCUCCUCAUAAUGAUUUACAUACAGCAAUAAAUAAUUUACCACUUGUAUAUAAGGUUAAGUUGAUCAAUAUGGACGUAUAUUCUGUAGACUCAAAAGAAAGGAUUAAAAGUUCAUCAAAUAAUAUUACAGUGCAUUCAAAGGAGACAAUAAAUACGUAUAUCGCUAAUGAUAAUAAUGUGGUAGCUCAAAAAAGUAAUCAUAACAACAGUAAUAAUAAUGACAAUAAUAAUGAUAAUAAUAAUGAUAAUUAUAGUAAUAAUAAUAGUAAUAAUAUUAUGAUUAAUAAUAAUAGUAAUAGUAGUGAAGGUAAAAAUUAUGAAUGUAUAUUAAACCAUAAUAAUGUUACUAAUAAAGAUGUAGCACAUACAGAAAAAAUAUUAAAGGACUCAAAAUUAACCAAUAAUAAUAUGGAAAAUGUGAAUAAUGAUUACCUAGAAAAAAUAGAUGAAAAUAAUGCAGAGCUUGAAUUACAAAAUUUAGAAGAUGUAGAUAUGGAGAGUUAUGAAAAAAAAAUAUCAAAAGAUAGUGUAAAAUAUAUUAAUAUAAAUACAAAAAAAGAAAGGCAAAAAAUAAAAUCAAGAGAAGGAAAAUAUGAGGGGCUGAAAUUAAAAAGUGCUUUAUUAACACAAAUAAGGAAUUAUAUAGAAGAGGAAAAUAUAAAUAAAGAUAUAAGUACAUAUAAUUGUAUUUCUCAAAAUAGUGUACAUAAUAUAACUCCAGAUCAAAAUAACAACACGAACAAUAAUAAUAGUAAUUUUAUUUUGCAUAACAAUUAUAUAGAUAAAAAAAAUUUUGAAAUAAAAGAAUUGUUAACUAUAUUUAUUCAUGAUAAAGAGUUAGCUGAAAAAAAUCAUUAUAUAAAAGACUUUAUUCAUAUUAUUAUAAAUUAUUUUAUAAUGAAUAAAUAUAUGAUACAUACUAAUUUUAUUUUACUUAUCCUCUUUAUGAAUAAAAUAAAUUAUUAUAAUAAUAAAAAAUUAAAUAAAUGUGUACAAGAUGUUCUAAUGAGUUAUAUAAAAAGUAUGCAUUUAAAUGAACAAGAUAUAUAUGAUUUUAUAAACAACAAAAAGAAAAAGUCAAACAAUCUUGAAUCAAAAGAAAAUGUAAUACAAAAAAGUAAUGAUAAAAAGAAAACAUUAACAAAUAAUAUAUUAAAUGAAGAAUAUAAUAUAUUAGAGUUAUUAUAUAAUCAACAAUAUACGUAUAAUAUUAUAUUAUAUGAUGAAAAUAAUUAUUAUGAUGAUAAUUUUCAAUAUAUAGCUUAUAAAUUAUUAAAAAAUUAUUUUUAUCUCGUUAGUUAUAUUAUGACUUUACCAUUUAUCAAAUGGAGCAUAUUGAAAUCUUAUAUAAAUUCUUUUAAUAUGUUUAUAAAUAUAUUUAAAGAAAAUAAAAAUAUAUCAUCCUCUCUUCAUAUUAGUGAUAUUUCUUUUAUAUGUGCAAGCUUUUUAAAAACAAAAAUUAUAGAACAUCAACUAAUUCACACCUUAUUCAAUAUAUUGAAUGAUCACCUUGAUCAUUAUUUAAUAAUACAAGAAAAAAAAAAUAUAUAUAAUGAAACAAACGAAAAACACAUACAAUAUGCAAACAAUUUACCAAAUGUAGAACCUAAUAUAAACGACUUACUAACAUUUUUACAUUUUCUAUAUUUUUUUAAAUUAUCACAAUAUAAUGAUGUACUCAUUAAAAUUUUGAUUAUUUCUUUCAAAAAGUUUAUACUAUUAAAUGACACACAACAACUCAUAUUUUAUAAUACCAUUGAAGGGAUCAGGAAAAAUCAAAAUGAACAAAAUAAUCGGAAGAAGCUAAAUUCUAUAUUAAAUUAUUUUAAUUAUGACCAAAAUUUUAAUCAUUUUUUAAAACGAAAUAAGAAUAUUCAAAAACAGUCCUUGGGUAUGCUAUUUUGUUAA